CUGUGAGCAAGGCGAGGCCUCGGCGGCGCUUGCUGCUCCUGUGCUCCACGUCACUGUGCGGCUGCGGGGCGGCCGGAGCUGGCGGCGGCGGCGCGCGCGCAGGGGCGAGAUCCACAUCAUGGAAAACCAAGUGUUUGAAUCCUCUGAAGAGAGAACCUUCCAGUACCAGAAUUCUCUUCCUUCACUGCCAGUGCCUACUCUUGAUGAAUCUUUAAAGAGAUACCUCAAUGCAGUAAAACCAUUCCUAAAUCAAGAAGAAUAUCAAAGAACUGAGGACAUAGUAAAAAAGUUUGAACAUGGGAUUGGAAAACUGUUGCAGCAUAAGUUACUGGAAAGGGCUAAAGAGAAGAGGAAUUGGCUGGAAGAAUGGUGGCUGAAUGUGGCUUAUCUUGAUGCUCGCAUACCAACACAAAUAUAUUAUAACUUUGGAGGCGCAGGCCCUUAUCUUGAACACUACUGGCCACCAAAAGAAGGAACUCAAAUAGAAAGAGGAUGCAUAGCUAUAUGGCAUACCUUGAAAUACUGGGAAAUAAUAAGAACGGAAAAAUUGGUUGUGCAUAGACAUGGAAAUAUGCCUCUGGACAUGAACCAAUUCCGAAUGCUGUUCUGCACUUGCAAGAUUCCAGGAAUUACUAGAGAUUCUUUAGGCAACUAUUUUAGAACUGAGAGUGAAGGUGAAUGCCCAUCCCACUUAAUAGUCCUGUGUCGAGGUCGAGUGUUUGCUUUUGAUGCUGUACAUGAAGGUCAUAUACUGAGCCCUCCAGAGAUUUUCAGGCAACUUGCUUACAUCCAAAAGAGGUGCCAUAAUGAACCUGAUGGACCAGGGCUGGCGGCUUUAACAAGUGGGGAAAGAACCCAAUGGGCAGAGACACGUGAAUAUUUAACUAAUCUCGAUCCAAAGAACUUAUGUCUCCUGGAAAAAAUUCAGAGCAGUUUGUUUGUGAUCUCCCUGGAUGAUUCCAGUCCCCAUGGAACCCCUGAGGAUUAUACUCCGAUCACCAAGUUGGCUCUAACAGGAGAUCCAACCAUACGCUGGGGAGACAAAUCCUACAACUGCAUACUAUUUUCCAAUGGGACAUUUGGUUCAAACUGUGAUCAUUCUCCUUGUGAUGCCAUGGCUUUGGUAGUCCUGUGCUCUUAUAUUGAUCAGAAGAUUAUUGAAAGUGAGGGAAGGUGGAAGGGAUCAGAUAAAGUGCGGGACAUCCCCUGGCCAGAAGAACUUGUUUUCACGUUGAACCAGAAUGUGCUAAAUGACAUUGAACGUGCUAAAGAACGGUAUUCUCAGCAGGUAUCUGACUUGCAGCUAGUGAGUUAUGCCUUUACAUCCUUUGGCAAAGCACUGACCAAGAAGAAGGGACUUCAUCCUGAUACGUUUGUUCAGCUUGGCCUCCAGCUGGCCUAUUAUAAACUUCAUGGACACCCAGGCUGCUGUUAUGAAACUGCUAUGACCAGACGUUUCUACCACGGACGCACUGAGACUAUGAGACCAUGUACGGUGGAAGCAGUGGAGUGGUGCAAAUCCAUGCUGGAUCCAUCUUGCAGUUCUCAUAAACGGCAGCAACAGAUGCUAAAGGCAUUUGCAAAGCACAACAAGAUGAUGAAAGAGUGCGAGAAUGGAAAAGGAUUUGACCGUCAUCUUCUGGGUCUCCUACUCAUAGCAAAAGAGGAAGGACUCCCUGUGCCAGAACUCUUCACAGACCCUGCAUUCACUAAAAGUGGGGGAGGUGGAAAUUUUGUGCUUUCCACUAGCCUGGUUGGCUACACUAAAAUUGGUGGAGCUGCAGUCCCCAUGAUACAUCAUGGCUAUGGCAUUUUCUAUAGAAUCAGAGAUGACAGAAUUGUUGUGACCUGCACUGCCUGGAAAUCAUGCCCAGAGACCGAUGCAGAAAUGCUGUGUAAGAACUUGUUCCAGUCUCUUCAGGACAUGAUACAACUAAUGGCCACAGCCCAUCUGUAGAGUUGAUAGUGACAUUACUGUGCCUUCACAUAUUGUGCAUUAUUGUAUCUGGCACUUGCUAAAUGAAAUGCUUGUCACGAAGAGCGUUAAACUCUAUGUAAAACACUUAAUGAUAUUUCAGGAUAGACGUUAAGCAGAACUAAUGCAAAACCUGUCCAUUUUAAGAGAUUUACUGCAGCAGCAAUGCAAAUUUCUUUUAAGAAUAAUAUAUCCAUUUGUACCAACAAUGCAAACGAUCAGCGUAGAACUAUGCAAUAUUAAACUAUGCCUCAACAAUGCAAAUGUAUCAGACUAUCGUGAUUUUUGGAAAAUGGAGAAUUUGUGAUGGCUUGUUUUUAUAACCUUCCUAAUGGUAGCUGAUAGAGUAUGUGAUAAUCCAGUGAAGUUUAUUUCUAUGGUGCACUUAUUCUUUAGUUCAGAGUAACCAUUCCAGUGCUAAUACAGUAUGGUGCUUUUGCAAUGGACAUUGGUGACAGUUUUUAUGAUUUUUCAUUUGUGAAAGAAUCAAGGAGAAAUAUUAGAAUAACAGACUUUUCAAGUUUUAUAUAAUUUUUAUUAUUAGCUGUCUUCCAUUUUCACCAUUGGGAUGAUUUCAAAUCAAGAGCUUAUUUGUGAAUAGAGAUUAGUUUCUCAGGUGAAGGCUGAGGUCACUAUAGUUUGAAAAAUACUUUUAAAUUUCAAGAUGGUUCCUUUUCAAAAUAAAGAGAUGAAACUAGGAUGGCUACUUGCAAGUUUCCAAAGGAUGACAUACUUGUGAUGAAAUAACUACGAAUAUCACUGCUACUCCACAGAAAUUAAGUGCAAAUUUAAAACUGGCACUAAGUAUAGUCUGAUAAAACUCUCAGGAUUUUAAGCUUUCUUUGGAUUUUAAAGACUACUUUUUUUUGAUAAGCUUUGUAAUUUCUUCUUAGAAAUAAAACAAUCCAAAAAGUU